AUGCCAGGUGAAAUUUAUUUAUUCAUUUCGUUUUGCAAUAUAAGAAUUGAGCUUAAACAAAGGACUGAUGAUUCGGUUAUGGCAGGGGAGGUGACUCUGAAUCAAGAAUAUGAGAGGGGCAAAGGAAUGGAUCUGGAGACAUCAGAGGAUGAGAAGCAGCCAAGGAAAAAGGUUAGAUCCUUGAGGAAAAAGGCAAUGAGUGCAUCUACAAAGCUCACGCAUACACUUAGGAAGCGUUCCAGGCGUGUGGCCGAUUGCAGGUAUGCUGCGAUCACAAUCAAUGAUGUUAGGGAUGCAAAGGAGGAAGAGGCUGUCAAUGCAUUUCGCGAGGUGUUGAUCGCCAGAGACCUGCUUCCGCCUCGCCAUGAUGAUUACCACACUUUAUUGAGGUUUUUGAAAUCAAGGAAGUUUGACCCUGAUAAAACUGUCCUGAUGUGGUCAGCAAUGCUCAACUGGAGAAGAGAGUAUGGGGUAGAUUCUAUAAUACAGGAUUUCGUAUAUGAUGAAUAUGAAGAAGUUCAACGUUAUUAUCCUCAUGGUUACCAUGGUGUAGACAAAGAGGGUCGACCUGUUUAUAUUGAAAGACUUGGCAAAAUUGAACCAAGCGAGUUAAUGAGUGUCACCACAGUGGAGAGGUUUUUGAAAUAUCAUGUUCAGGGGUUUGAGAAGGCUUUCACAGAGAAAUUCCCGGCAUGUUCUAUAGCAGCCAAGAGGCACAUAGAUUCUACAAUAACAAUUCUGGAUGUCCAUGGGCUGAAUUGGAUGAGCUUUGGCAAGGUUGCUCAUGAUCUAGUUGUGCGCAUGCAAAAAAUUGAUGGUGACAACUAUCCUGAGACACUACAUCAGAUGUUCAUUGUUAAUGCUGGUAAUGGAUUCAAACUGCUAUGGAACACAGCAAAAGGCUUUCUUGACCCCAAGACUACUGCGAAGAUAAAUGUUUUAGGUAACAAGUUCCAAAAUAAGUUGUUGGAAGUUAUAGACUUGAGCCAACUGCCAGAAUUUCUUGGUGGAACCUGCUCAUGCCCGAAUGAAGGUGGUUGCCUAAGAUCCAAUAAGGGCCCAUGGAACGAUCCAGAAAUAAUGAAACUAUUACAUGCUGGAGAAGCAAUAUAUUUGAGAAAAAUGAAAAAUUCUUCUUCUGAUGAUGAUUUGGAAAUCAAGUUAUUUGCCUCCAAGGUUUCAAGAAGUGAAAUUUGCUCUGCUGAUUCAUGCUCAGAUAUGAGCCCAAAUGCCUCUGGCUUCAUUCAACUACUGCCACUUUCAGAUGAAGGAAGGAUGGGGGAUCCUGCUUCUGUCUACAGCUUGGUUGAACUCAAUGCUGCCAGAGUUGAAGAUACUAGUUCAAUGAGGACAGGGAGAGCUCGUGCAGUACAACAUGGAGACAGUCAAUUGCAAAACCAGCGUGACUUGCUAUUGGAAGAUUCGAGUUCUCUAGUGCAAAGUGUUUCUCAGGAAAUAAAAGAGGAAUCGCUUCAUCCAUGCUGGCAGAGACUGCAAAAUUUAGAAACAAUGGUAAAUGAGCUGGUUAGCAAGCCAACCAAAAUUCCUCCUGAGAAAGAUGACAUGCUUCUUGAGUCUUUGAGUCGCAUUAAAUGUAUAGAGCAUGAUCUACAGAAGACAAAGAAAGCACUGCUUGCAACUGCGUCAAAACAAGUAGAGCUUGCUGAAUCACUAGAGAGUCUAAAGGAGAAUGGCUUAGCUGUAGCAAGGGUUUUGUCCACUUCCAAGGAAAAGAAAGGAAAGUCUCCUUAUGAUAUCAUGUAG